UGGGCUCUGGGCUUCGACGUCUCCACCCCCGGCGGCCUCCGCGGUAGAGCCCAGCUGAAUGAGAGGCAGCAUGAGCGGAUCCCAGGGUCUGCUGCGCGCCCUUUUGAGGCUCUUUUCGAAAGAAGUGAAGCAGUACGUGGGCACGGACCAGUUCGGGAACAAAUACUUCUACAUCCCUGAGCGCAAGAACUGGCUGGGACAAACUAUGCGAGAAAGAAGAUUCGUGGAAGCAAGAGAUAAGAAAGAAGUAGACUACAGAGAAGGAGAUAUUCCAAUGGAAUGGGAAGCUUGGAUUAGGAAAACAAGAAAGAGUCCACCUACCAUUGAGGAAAUAAUGAAGAAUGAGAAAUACAGAGAAGAUGUUCAAAUAAAAAUCAGAGACGUUUCUGAAAAAGAAAACCUUCAAAUCACAGACAGCAAGGAGAUGCUUGUUGCUUCACCAGUUCAAAUUAAAAUUAAAGGACAUGCUUCAGCUCCUGACUUCGGAAAGAGUGACCCAUCAAAAGAUCCCACUAGCACUGGUAAAACCUUCCAACCAGGAUCCUGGCUGCCUCAAGAAAACAGUAACCAAAAUAAAUGAACACAUUUGCUGUGGGUAAAAUCUUUUCAAUUAAAUGGGUGUGAUUAUUUCAACAACUAAAAAUAAAAGCAGAUGUAAAAAACUGA